AUGUCCAAGGCAACCUGGAAAUUAACCACUAGUGAGUCUUCAGCCUAUCAUCCAAAAUUUUGGUGGGGUCAAAUACGGGCUUAUUUGCGUUUCACGACCAAUGCUGGAGCCACCGUGAAUUACUUGGUCACUUCAUCGGCUUUGACCGUGGAGGCGAUUACCCUAGUGAAGGGAACUGCAGAGGACAUCCACACUUUGCUGCAGCCACUCUUCCUCUAUCUCAACCAGUUUAAUGUGACCCAAGCUGCGUACAUCAUCAACUCAACUACUUCUACCGACUUCUUAUCACACUAUCUUCGGUAUUUUGGCCCAUUGCCCGAUGGUGCAUACGCCACAGCCAAAUUGAUUGGUGGUCGUCUGGUCCCUCGGUCAACGUUACAAGAUUCGUCUAGCCUCUCGGACUUGAUGACCCUGAUCCAAGAUAUAACAGUUUCCACCUCAUUUUAUGUUGUCGGCUUUGCAGUCAAUCUCUCCAUCACUGCAACCAGGAAUCCUGUGGCGUCCAACGCAGUACUUGCUGCCUGGCGUGACGCGGGAGUGUCGCUCAUCCUGCCCUCCGUGUGGAAUUUCACCAUACCUCGCUCCGUCGAAGUUCAGCGUGAAUUACAGCUGACCAAUGAUCUGGAGCCACAAUUACGCGAGCUUACCCCGGGCAGUGGGGGUUAUCUCAAUGAGGCCAAUUUUAUGUUGCGAACCUGGAAAGAAGAUUUUUAUGGCAUCAACUACGACAGUUUACGCGCAAUCAAGAAGAAAUACGAUCCGGAAGAUUUGUUCUAUGCGCACAGUGCUGUGGGUAGUGAUGUCUGGAAGGUGGCGGAGGAUAAGCGUCUAUGUCGAGCGUAG